GUUUCCUGCAUGAUCUCAAUUCGACUUUUCAUGAGUCAGGUUUAAAGAAGUUGUCAUCCACCGAGAGGGAAGACGGAGAACAGUGAGUGACCAUUUAACCAAAGCAACCACAAACAGGAUCACAGACUGCCAUCUGUACACACACAAACCUUAUCAACAUCUCCUUUCCCCCUUUUCCAACCAUUUUUUUUCUUAAUCCUAACUUCAUCAUUUCUUCUAUUUCACCACUCGCACAUCUUCAUCUUGCCAUUCUCUUCACCUUUCUUUUAACCUUCUGUCUCUCCCCCCUGCCCCAUCCUUCCUUCUGCAGCAUGUCUACACCAGUCUCUCCAUCUCCCUCUCUUUCCCCACUGUCCCUGUCCUCUCCUUCUCCCUCCUCUUCUCCUCUGCCCUCUCCCCUCUCUCCUCCACCCAGGCUUCCAGUCUUCCAGAGGAAAGGAGCACUCAAGCACAAGCGGAUUGUAGAAGUGAAAGACCAUCAGUUUACGGCCCGCUUCUUCAAACAGCCCACCUUCUGCAGCCAUUGCACAGACUUCAUAUGGGGAAUAGGAAAGCAAGGGUUCCAAUGCCAAGUUUGCAGUUUUGUGGUGCACAAACGAUGUCACGAGUUUGUCACUUUUACAUGUCCUGGAAGCAUCACUGCACCUAAAGCAGAGGAUCUGAAGAGUAAACACAAGUUUAAGAUUCAAACUUACUCCAGUCCAACCUUCUGCGAUCACUGUGGUUCUCUGCUUUAUGGCCUCAUCCACCAGGGCAUGAGAUGCACCAGCUGUGAGAUGAACGUUCAUAAGCGAUGUGAGAACAGUGUACCCAGUCUAUGUGGGCAUGACCACACUGAGAAAAGAGGACGGAUCCACCUGAGUGUGCGUGGAGAGAAGGAGGAUAUCUAUGUCACAGUACAUGAAGCAAGGAACCUGAUUCCCAUGGACCCCAAUGGCUUGUCUGACCCCUAUGUGAAGCUCAAACUUAUUCCAGACCCGAAGAGCCACAGCAAACAGAAAACCAAGACGAUUCGUUCUACUCUAAACCCUGUCUUUAAUGAAAGUUUUGUCUUUUCAGUGAGAGGCAGGCAGUGGGAUAGGCGCUUAUCUAUAGAGGUAUGGGACUGGGAUCGUACAUCUCGGAAUGACUUCAUGGGAGCUCUCUCUUUUGGAGUGAGUGAGAUAUUUCGUCGUCCUGUUAGCGGUUGGUUUAAACUGCUGAACCAGGAUGAGGGAGAGUACUACAAUAUCCCUGUACCUGAUCCAGACUUACAGGAGCCAGACUCUGUUGUCUCUCCCUCUCUUCCUCCUGCUCCUGUUACUGUGCCCACACCUGUGCCUGCUGUCACCCCACCUGUUGUGAGUCCUGCACCCACCAGCUUACCAGUGGGAAAGGGCCGAGUUGGACUCCAUGACUUCAACUUCCUUAUGGUGCUAGGGAAGGGUAGCUUUGGCAAGGUGAUGCUGGCAGAGGAACGAUGUAGCGACCGCUUGUUUGCAGUGAAGGUACUGAAGAAAGAUGUGCUGUUUCAGGACGAGGACACAGAGAGCGCCAUGGUGGAGCGGAGAGUUCUGGGAUUGGGCAGCCGACCUCACUUCCUCACGUCUCUCUUUUGCGCUUUCCAGACUGAGGAUCGUCUGUACUAUGUAAUGGAAUAUGUGAAUGGUGGAGAUCUCAUGUUUCAUAUUCAGAUUGUUGGAAAAUUUAAAGAGCCCCAUGCUGCAUUCUAUGCAGCAGAGAUAGCUGUGGGCCUCUUCUUCCUGCACAGCAAAGGCAUCAUCUAUAGAGAUCUCAAAUUGGAUAAUGUGCUGUUAGACAGUGAGGGCCACAUAAAGAUAGCUGAUUUCGGGAUGUGCAGGGAAGGCAUGAUGGAGGGAGACACCACACGGACAUUCUGUGGCACUCCGGACUACAUUGCUCCUGAGAUUGUAGCAUAUCAGCCAUAUGGUAAAGCAGUAGACUGGUGGUCAUAUGGGGUUCUCCUUUAUGAGAUGCUGGCUGGCCAGCCUCCAUUUGAUGGGAUCGAUGAAGAGGAAUUGUUUCAGUCCAUCAUGGAGCAAAGUGUAUCGUAUCCCAAGACUCUGUCUCGUGAGGCUGUUGCCAUUUGCAAAGGGCUCUUGACCAAGAAUCCAGUGAAGCGUCUUGGUGGGGGAGAGGAUGCAGAGAGAGAGAUACGUGAGCAUCCUUUCUUCCGUUGGAUAGACUGGGACAGACUGGAGAGACUUGAGAUUCAGCCACCAUUCAAGCCCAGGCCUGGAGGGAAAAAAGGAGAAAAUUUUGACAAGUUUUUCACGGCUGCCUCUGCAGCCCUGACUCCCUCUGAUCCAGAUGUUCUCGCAGCUGUCAAUCAGGAAGAUUUCCAGGGCUUUACCUACAUAAACUCUGAUUUCCCAGCCACCCCUCUUACUGCUGUCUGAGAUCACACAUCCCAAACAAACAAUACGUCUAUUCGAACUAACAGCUCUUUAUGAUUUUCCUACUGUACAUCCCAGAAUUCUCUCUUCUUCAAAAGUCAUGAAUUGUGCAGUGUUUUCCAGUGACUAUUAAUCAAAAUAGAUAUUUUACUAACACACUAGCGUACAGUACCCUGUACAGACUCCCUCUAGACACUAGAUCUAAACAUUACACGUAGGCACGUCUCAGAUUCUCUUCGAGAGUAGAUCUGAACAACAAAAAGAAAGGAAAUUCAUGUGUCUGAUUAAUUCUCCAGACUGUAAUCUCCACACAGGCCCUCUAGUGGUAUAGACAGAAGUGAUUAUAUUAUCAGAUUGCAUGAUAGAGCGCUCUAAAUGUACUGUAUCAUCACACUCUCCAGUGCUGUUUGCAAUCCUCUCUAGAUCCUUAACCAGCUUUUUUGCAUGUGACAAAACCCAAUAGUCUUAUUUUUGAUACUGGCCAUGCAACCCAUGUUCCUGACCCAAAAUAUGAGUAAAGCAUUAACUUAUUCUCAUCAGCUCAUUACUUAGACAGUAGUCUGUAACCAAGCAUAAUCGAUCCUUGGAGCUGAAGGGAUUAAAUGCAUGUCAUUGAUUUAAUAUAACUUAUAAGGUUGCUGAUGUUUAUAGCUGGUGUGGUGCCUUAUUAUAUAUCUUACAUUCCUCUAUACCUCCUUCAUCACUUUAGUUUCCUGUUCUUCCUAAUUGGACUCGUUCAUCAAGCCGAAUAUGAAUGAGUGUACGUACAUUUAUACAUAAGAAGACUUACAAAUGUUAACCUCCAUUGAUCGGCUUCGAAUCUAAUGAUUCGUGACAAAUUGCUGUAUUUUUAUGUAUAUACGGAAUAUAUGUAUAUAUAAUAAAUAUAUAAUAGUUUAAAUAUAGAUAUAACAAAAGUCAAAAUUCAUUUUAAAACAAAUAAAACCGGUUGUUCAAUUCAAGUAAAAUGCUGCUGUAGGAAAAGGAGGAUGUCCUGGUCUCAACAGAUGGUUGCUGAAAGCCAAGAUGUUACAAACAGCAGAAUUAAUAUUACGGGAAAAGUUUGGUUUGUGUUUCUAAUUGUCAUACCAUAAGGCAUCACACAAGCUAUUCUCCAUGAUCCAGCCUUCAUGAUUUCCAGUCAUUAGAGUGUAGUAUGUCUUAAUUAAUUUCCUAGAAAGCCGUAGCUUCACCAUGCAACCCCUUCUUAAAUCUUAAAUACCUUUUUUAUCCACCCACAGUGAAAUAUUGUUAUAUAAGAAUACAUCUCUUAGCACGGAGAUCAAACAUCUAACGUAAUAGAAUACUGAAUAAUGUUUUAUCUGGAAAUGAAUUUUCACAGCAACUGGAAAUCCUUGGAACUGGAAUGUCCUCUUUAGGUCACUAUUUAAGUUAAUAGCUACUAUUUUAUUUUCAUGUGGAGAAUACAGUACUAGUUACAGAUCUUCAUGGCAUGUUGAUGUCUGAAUCUGAUGACUUUCUUUUCAUUCACAGUAGUUUAGAAAAAUAAUUUAUCAACUCAUUGUAUAAUGACAGUCUCACGUGAUCUUAUAUCGUCUUUAAUUUACCCUAACUGAUAAGAAGGUAUCGAAUGUAUUGUGGUGUGCAAAUAU